UAUUAUUGCAUGUAUAAAUAUCGACAAUCGAUAACUGAACAUCUUUACGACAAUGUUUAGACAUUGUGUGAUAUCUUGGUGAUUGCACCUUGUUUUCUUUAUCGAAAAUCCCGAAAUAUGCAAAUGCAUCUCUUGGCAAUCUUCGCGGCACCUACAGUUCAUCGCAUAAAACGUCGUAGUAGAAAGUAACUUGGAUAAAUUCCAAAUAAGCUCACGCUUCCAUUAAGCGCUCGAAAAUCGCUCGUAAUUAAUUCCGAACGAGCAGAAAAAUAGAAAAAGUAUUAUUCGACGGAAUAUCGUUGCAGAAUCGCUUUGCGAUUGUAUUGCUUGACACACUUUUUUAUCGCCUGCUAAGAAAUGUUCAAUUGUUCUUUAAUCUAUAAUUAAAUAUAAUUAGCAGACAGCUGACAGUCAAUGUUGUCCUCAUGUGUUAAUUUGAAUAUAUUUUAUUUUUCUUUUACAUCCUAACCAUCUCAUCAGAAUAUCCCGGCGAAAACAACAAAGCCAUCUUCUUUGAAAAAUAACUCUUGCUGCCACAUCGCUCGAAUAAUACAAACCGCAACAACCGACCGAAGCUAUCACUUGCGCAAACAAACAGAAUGCUAAUAUGCCGUAAUAUGUUUUGCACAACACAUGGUACAACUUUAUAAAAUUCAUUUUGAAACACUAUGAAGAUCGAGAAAGUAUAGCGUGACAAUUCGUUGAACGAAGGAACCAAGAGUAACACUCACGAAAAGGACGCGAGUGCGAAAGCUAAGUGGCACGCGAUUUGACAAUUUGCACAUUUGCACGGCUGCGCGUGAAUGUCCUCCAGACUGAAAUAAAUCUACCUAUUCGUCUUGCUUUGUGGAAGUUUGUGUUUUUAAGCAGACUUGAUAUCCGAACUUGCAUGCGCUACCGAAAGCAGCAUAUUAACCCAGAUUCCUCGCAUCUUGCAUUUCUUGAAAAAGUCUCGAAAAACUACAUUUGUCCAGAAGAAACGGAAAGACUCGAAUUUAUCGCAAAACGCAUUAUAAAAAAUAAAACAGAAACAAGCUCUUUUCUCUUCUCAGUUUCAUUCCUGGGUAUCACGGCAAUUGAAUACAGCACUGAACAAACAUAAUAUAAAGAAGUAACAUUGAUAACGUGCUGCAAUUUAACGACCAUUCGUCACAUCUUAGCAUAGCGCAAGUGCAAAAGUUAUGCAAUAAUUCCUGACGCAUUUUGUAAAAUGACGAUACUACGACUGCCGAUUUUUACGCGAAUAUUCGGUAUAGUAAACCGGAAUAUCAGAAAAUACAUUGUCAACACAUCAUCAAAAAUUUACUGCAAAAAGUUCACGGAGCAUCGAUAUUAUACAACCACGAUCAAGACAUCAAUUGAUUCGCAAAAUAUAGUCAGUAGUGGAUUACCCGAUGUGACUGGUUUUGAAAAUAUUUACUUGCAUGAUUUUAUCUGGGAAAAAGUCGGGCAAUGGUGGAACCACACUGCUCUGGUAUGUUCGGAAACCGGUAGAUCAUACACAUAUGCGGAGUUAAGGAAAGCAUGCGGUAGAUUAGCAACGGGUUUAAGAAAAUCCGAUCUUCUACCAGGGGAUACCAUUGCCAUUGUUUUACCGAAUAUCCCAGAGUUUGUUAUCAUUCUACUAGCAGCACAUGAAGCCGGUUUACGUACAACCCUAAUCAACCCUACGUACACAGAGCAUGAAAUAGCAAAGCUAUUGGAUACCGCAGAUGCCCAAGCAGUUUUCACAUUUCCGUCAAAAUUCACCGAUGUCCAAAUGAGUAUUGAAAAAAAUUCGAAGAUAAAACUACCUAUUGUUAUCGUAAACGACGGCACUGGUGCUGCCUCGAUUUCAGGAACCAUCAAACUUGAUGAUCUUAUGCAUGAUAAUAUCGAAGAGUUUUCAAUCAGUCAGAAAACUGAUGUCAAUUACGAUGAUGCAGUAAUCUUGCCUUGUUCCAGCGGUACGACUGGACUACCAAAAGUUGUUGAGAUAACACAUAGAAACUAUGUUGCAAAUAUAAUGCAAAGCAAACAUCCGGUAUUCUUCCCCGGACUAGAGGCAACUGAAUAUCAUCAAGAUAUUAUACCAGUAAUAUUACCAAUGUAUCACAGUUACGGACUAAUAUUUUCCACGUACUGCUUUUUACGAAUAGGUGCUAAGAUAGUGUGCAUGCCGAACUUCUCUACAUCAAAGUUCAUAAAAUUACUUGAAAGUCAUCAAUUUACGGUACUGCAUACUGUACCACCGAUUAUACAAAUGAUGGCGAACGACGAACGAAUCACGCCAGAGCACGUUGCAUCUGUAAAACAGAUAGUCGUAGGAGCUGCGCCUAUCGGCGAGGAAUCUUUGCUGCAGUUUCGAAACCGUGUCAGUGAUACCGUGCCGAUUAUACAAGGAUACGGCGCAACGGAACUAUCCCCGUUAUGUACGUUUGGUACCUCAGAUACACCAAUAACAUCAUGCGGUUACUUGAUUCCAAGCACCAAGAUGAAAAUUAUAGGUAAAGAAGACACUAAUAUUAACAAGAACUUAGGACCAAAGGAAAUAGGUGAAAUAUACAUACAAGGUCCGCAAGUGAUGAAAGGAUAUUAUAAGAAUCCGAAAGCAACAGCGGACACCAUGGAUGGAGAUUGGUACAAGACCGGUGAUCUAGGAUAUUUCACAGAAAACGGUCUUCUGUAUGUAACUGGGCGAUUAAAAGAAAUGAUAAAAGUAAAAGGACAUCAAGUUACACCUACCGAGCUGGAAGAAGUAAUUCGCGGUUACGAUAAGAUAUUGGAUGUAGCGGUUAUUGGUGUGCCACACGACAAAUAUGGCGAAAUUCCGAAAGCAUUUGUUGUUCCUAAGCCAGGGAUAAACAUCCAUGAAAACGAAAUCAAAGAAUUUGUCGCCAAACGCGUAGCCAAAAUUAAACACUUGGGAUAUGUACAAAUUCUAGAAAAUAUUCCGAAAACCGCGUCUGGAAAAAUUCUUCGAAAAGAUCUUCAAAAGUUGUAACAUAUUUUUGCAAAUGCCGAGUUCCAUAAUUGUACUAAUAAUGAAGUAUUUAUAAUAAAAGUUCUUUGAUAACCAUAAA